CAAAGCACCAUUUAAUGAUAGGACACUGUGGUUGCACAGCCUAGGAGGCUGAGGCAGGAGGAUCGCAAGGUGGAGCCCAGUCCGGGCAAUUUUGUGACUUAGUGAGACCCUCUUGCAAAGUGAAGGUAUUUUUUGGUAAAGUUUCUUUUAAAGAAGGCACGAGAGGAAAGCAGCAGCUAAGAACAGGUCCCACUCCCGAGUGUGGAGUGGUCUCCUCCCUUCCUUCCCUGGGGAGGGGAGGUGCCUUGGCCCAGCCUGGCCACGUGCCCAGGACUUUCUGGUGCAGGUGCUGAGCCCUGGUGGUUUGGCCCCUGUUCCUACUCCUGUUUUGGAAGGAGGCUGUGGCUGGGCGGCUUUGAUCUCGGGCCAGACUGAGAGUGGUGGCCAUGCCUGGAGCCUGGGUCCCCCACGUUCCCGGUGCUGCGCCUCGGCCCUGAGUCCACCCUCCAGGCUCAGGCCUGCCUGGGCUUGGGAACCCCGCGUCCCUGCCCGCUCCCACAGCCUCCUGUCACGCCCGCCUCUCCCUCUCCCUCUCCCUCUCUCUCUUUCUCUCUCUCUGCUCUCUGUGCACUGGGCCCUGCACGCUCCAGACCGGACGGAAGAGGAAAGUGAGUCCCGGCACCCGCCGCUGAGCUCCUCCGUCGGCCCAGGGUGGUGGACCUGGGGAGGCGGGGACCCCUGGGCUCCCCCAGGCCAGCCCCAAACCAUCCCUCAGAGCACGGGACAGAGCCAGGGCACUGCGCUGACCCUGAUCUCUCCUUUCUUUGUUCCAUGUCCACCCCACUGGCCGCUGCUCCUCCGUGAAAAGGAAGCGAGAUCGGGUCGAUCUCCAGGAUCUCCAGGCCAGGCAGCGUGGGUGUGGUGAGCGCCGGCCCGAGUUCUAGGACUGGAAGAAUAACCCGCGUGACCGUGUGCCGUGGCGGGAGCCCGUGCAGCCUGGGGAUCCGCGGUGGGCGCGGGCAGCAGCCUCAGCCCCUCUCCUCUGUGUGCCCCGCUGCUGCCCGGUUCUGCUUCACGACCGCUGCAGGACUGAAACGUGAGUCCACACCGCGCCCCACGGGCGGAGAUGAGAACCUCCCUGGGGUGGGAGACCCCGGCCCUGUGGUGGCCCCUGGCAGUGGGGCUGGGUCCUGCAGGCUGCUCACACACUGCCCCAGGGGGCGCAGUGGGGCAGGCGGCAGCUGCACAGCUUUCUCACGCUUUAAUCACCCACAACGCCCCAAGGGCGGCUUCGUCAAUGACAGCAUGCCCGCCCGGUGCACAUGCAGCCCUGUGCAGCUGCUGUCCGCGCUGCCUCACACCUUCCUCUGCCAGGCGUGGUGGCGCCUGCCUGCAGUCCCAGCUCUCCGGAGGCUGAGGCAGGAGGAUCCCUUUGGGGUGAUAAAAGUGCUCCCACGGUGACUAGCGAUGGCUGCACAACUGGAAAUGCACCACAAACACUGCCUUCUGCCCCGGCAGCGGGGGCUGUAAGUGGGAUGAACCACGUGUAGAUCAGGUGUGCUAAGAGUGGGCUCUGGAGACCUGGGCCUGGCAUUGCCACCUAAGGGGCUCCCGAGAGGCACUCACCACAGGGACCAGGCCCGGGACUGCGGGGUCCCCACCUCUGCCCCCCUGACCAUGCCUUUGUCCUUCUGCUGGCCGGGCUCUGCCACCCCUGGACACUCACACGGCCUCUGCCCCGCCUGGCGCUGCCCUCCCGAUGGUGGCAGAGAUCCUGGGUUUGCUGGGCCUGCAGGUGCUGAACGAUGAAACAAAUGACUGCAGGGAAGAGAGGCCUGUCCCGGCCACCAGCCCCGGGAAGCCGCUGCAGAAGAGGAAGAGCUGGAGCCUCCUGAAGUGCACGUACAUGGCCCUCACCUUCCUGUUUGUGUCCUACAACACAGGCGACUGGAAAUCUCUGUCCUCCGGGUGGCUGAUGUGGAGAGAAAGGAAAGCACCGUCUGUCAGAGGCCCGACAGAAGCCAUUCUGAGGACCUGGCCCAAGACGGAGACUUGGAGAGUGGCCGAUCUGCACCCCAGGGCGUCUCUCCUGGCCCGUCCAGUCCUUCCCCACCGCCUCCGUAAUGAAAUGUGCACUUACUGGAUUGCGGUGUGUGUGGUUCCUCCCACUGUCAGCAUCAGGAAUCACACACUGCUGCACGUUCUCCUGACAACAGUCCUACGGGGUUCUGUGACACUGCCUAGCACAGGGAAGCGGCACUGGCCCAGGGGGUUCAGAGCUGAGAUCCCGCCUGGCUGUGCCUGGUUCUGAAGUCCCUACUCUUUCAUGUAACGAUUUGGGGCUCCCACCAAGGAAAUGAAUAUGGGCCUGCAGGCUUUUCCUGAACCAUACUGUGAGCUAGCAUGUGGUCUAUUUUGGAAAACAUCCCAUGUGCACCUGAGAAGAAUGUAUUCUGAUGUCAUGGGAUGGAACACUGCCCACAUCUACUAAGUCCAUUUGUUCAGAAGUUUGGUUCAACUCUGAUUC